GGAAAAAAAUUUACAGAAGCAGAAACAUAAUGGGAAAUAAACAACGACAACUAACACACUCUCACAAACAAAAAUACACGGGGCUGAACCUUUUACCACGUCCGAAACCAGCUAUUACCGAAAUUUCCCUCUUGAUCCUUGGAAGACGGAGACGGAGAGACGUGCUAGUUAUGCAUACUUCGAGUAAACUGUGCAAUGAUUGGCUGAUGAGUGGAAACGCGCCACAGUGAGAAAUGAAGAAGAAACAACACGUUGUUAUGAACAACCUGUCCUUUUAAAAUCGCGUACAUUGUGGUAAACAGUGCAAUAAGUUUGGUUUCUGCCGUUUUCAAAUUUUGCUUCCAACUCAUUUUUACCGUUGGUCAGCGCAAAAUAGUUGAAAUUGACGCUGAUGUUGUUUUAAUUUUUUCUUGCUAGCUUGCAGCCUGAUUUCUUGAAUAUCAGCUGAGCAGAGUUUAAAUUUAGUAAUGGCUUCAAGGUUCAAAAAGGGUGUAAAUCAAGUCAAACUCUUGAAUAAGAUCACCACAGGAUUCUCCAAGAAUGAAGGUGAUAGUUCAGAAGAAACAGCGGAUAAACAGGAGAAAACCAACAUGACCAGUUCCCUCAAAAGUACUGUUGACAGGGUGAUGCUCCGCAUGAAGGUUACCUCUAUUUUGAAAGAUGUUUCUGGAAAGGACAAGGAAGAAGAGAAAAGUGAGAAAGAAUUCCAUGCAGUUUUCCAUGCAGUACAGAAUGAGAAAGAAGAACUUCUGAUGUCAAAAGAGAAUGAGGAGGAAAACAUGUGGGAUAUUGUGGAUUUGGAUGAUGAGGCAAUUGAGGAAUAUGCUUCUAAUGAGCUAUUGGGGCAGUUUUUGUCUAACACAGUGUUCAGAACUGGAAUUCUCUGUGUCAUUUUAUUCAACAGUAUACUGAUUGCUGUUGAGACAGACCAGGAACUUGAGGAGAAGUACAGUCAUUUGUUCUCAGUGUUAGAUCAAUGCCUGAUGACAAUCUUUGUGUGUGAGAUUCUUGUCAAAUGGUAUCAUGGAUUUUUUAUGUUCUGGAAGAGGGGAUGGAAUGUUCUUGAUUUCUUCAUUGUGGUGGCUCUCCUUCUUGGACCUUUGCUUAGCACAGGAUCAGGAAGUAGAGGUGUAUUGAGAAUUCUCCGAGUGUUGAGAGCUUUCCGCAGUCUUAGAAGCAUCACUUCCUUGCCUGGGUUACAGAUUGUUGUACAGACAAUAUUACAGUCAGUUCCCGACAUGGCGAAUAUAGUAUUGUUGCUCGUGAUUAUCAUGCUGGUGUUUUCAGUGAUUGGCGUCACGUUGUUCAGAGACAUUGUUCCCAUGUAUUUUGGAAAUCUCUCGAGCUCAAUGUUUUAUCUCUUUGUUUGUCUGACUCAAGAUGGCUGGAUGGAGAUUUUCAAAGCGUUUCAGGAUGUUGGAGAGACGUACUACAUUGGAGGAGGACUCUUUCUCCUUGUAUUCAUAGCGAUUGGUGCGUUCGUUUUCGCCAACCUUGUUGUGGCUGUCGUGGUAACAAAUCUGGAAUUUGCUAUGAUGGAUGUGAAGACUGAAGGAAAAGAUCGCGGAGAAAAAGAUGACCUCAAAGCCAAACUUGACGGAGAUGACACCACUCUGAAGACUGUGGGAGUUGAAGAAGUUCCAAGUUUUGUGUACUUGAAACAAAUGCCGUUUCAGUUACCGGACUUGACAAAAAUUCCUUCCGAGAAACUAGAAAAUUAUUUCCUCAUUCUGAGCGCGAUUGAAGAAAAUCUGGGAGAAUCGAAAAGAAUCAAGGCAGAGAUCAAUGAGAUAAUUGGUGAAGUGUCGGAGCUACAAGAGAAGGCGAAGAAGGAAGGGAUUUUGAAGAAUGACAACGAACCCGAUGAUACGAAAACCAGGAGCGACGAUAAUUUUGAGCCCACACAGAUAACUGGUGGCGAUUUGAUGUCGAACCUGAUGGAGAUGGAGCAAGGUAAACUAUUUGACUCGCGCAAGGAGACAUUGGGGUCCAUGCUGCGAGAGGGCGCUAGACUGGUGAGCACAGUCACACAAAAGAAAAAUACAACUGAUGAACGGAGAAGGCCUUCCAUUCCGGCUACUUUUUUCAAUAAAGGGUGAACACUUGAAGUCUUUAAAAACCUUGUCGAAGAUUGUAUGUUAAAGUAAGACUCGACUAUACGCAGAGCUAUGAUCUCAUUGUCAAGCUUUCAUCGUGAUCUACUUGACUUCAUUUUCAUUUUGAUCAUCUGUUAUAUCAAUUGAAAAUGAGAGUCGAACAGUUUUUCUUGGGAAUUUUAAGGGUUGUUUCGUCUCGGAGAUUUAUCAAAUUUCAAUAAACUUACAGAUAAGCCUUA